AUGGCUCCUCCAAAGCCCCAACCCCAGCCCUCAACAUCCCCCCGCAAACUCCUCAUCCGCGUCCGCCACCCCCUAAACGACCUCAACCCUAUCGCCCGCCCAACCUACAAAGAAUACCUCAUCCACUCCACCACGCUCACCACCUCAUCCAAGCACUUCCAGCGCCUCUGCUCCACGCCGCACACCGGCCCCGCCCACCAAGCCAUCGUGCUCAACCAGGCCACAACCCUCGAAUUCGAAGUCUACAUCCGCUGGCUACACAAUCGCGACCUCGUAACGCCGCCGCCCACGGGCGCCACUGCGCCAGAGCAAAACGCCCGCGCCGAGUACGACCAGCUACUUCGGUGCUACGACCUCGGGCACGCGCUCGAAGACACGCGCUUCAUGAACGCCAUCAUGACGCAACUCGUUACGCUUCUGCGCUCCGGCUCCUAUCCUGUCCAACUGAUCGCCGUCCUCACGCUCUCCCGUGUGCAGCACUUCUUCACCGCGUACCCCAUCGUCUCGCCGAUUCAGAAGUUCGUCGUGCGGGCAGCGGCGCGAUUCGCGAAUACCGGGGAGAUCGAGGCGAUGAUAGGAGAGGGGUACCCCGUGGAAUUUAAGAAUGGGUUGGUUGUUGCGUUGGAGGAGAUGAGGGGGAGGGAUGUUAGGGAGGGCGGGGUGGGGAGUGCAGCGGAGGACUUCUCGGGAGAGGGCUGUUGGUGGCAUUAUGAGCAUGAGGAGGGGGAGGUGUGUCCGGCUGUGGGGAGGUAG